AUGUCUGAGAAAAAGGCUGAAUACGAGACUCGAAGCUCAAACUGCCGACAAUGGCGCCUUCGAACACUGUUAUACAUUAUUCUAGCUUUCCCAUUGCUUGUAGUAGUAUGUGUUAAAAAGGAACAGCUUAUUCACAUGCUGCGAGCCCCAUCCGGUCAGCGCUUGUCUGUUGAGGAAGUCCCCAGCGAGCAGCUUGCGGGCCACCUAGAAGCAUUAGGACUCAGUCCAGACUCUUCCGUAAAGGUUGUCCGUUUCUCGAACGGAAAAUCCCAAAAGCUUCGUGGGCGGUUUUUGCAUAUCACUGAUAUACAUCCUGAUCCCCUUUACAAGACGGGGUCAUCAAUCGAAAAUGUGUGCCAUCGCGGUCGACCUGAGGGCAAGAAGGAUGAAGCCACCCGAUUCGGUACCGCCAUGGCGGGUUGUGACAGCUCAAUGGAUUUAAUGGAGUACACACUAAAGUGGAUAGAAAAUAAUCUUCGCGACAAGAUAGACUUUGUUGUAUGGACGGGCGACAACAUUCGGCAUGACAAUGAUCGUAAUAAUCCUAGAACGGAAGCAGAGAUAUUUGACAUGAAUUCCAAAUUAACAAAGCGGUUUGAAGCCAUGUUUAGAAACCCCGACAGUGUGGACCCUCGCGACUUCGACGUUAGUAUAGUACCGAGUGUUGGAAAUAAUGACGUCUUCCCCCAUAAUUUAUUCUCGCUAGGACCCACCUUACAGACACGCGAAUUCUACAACAUGUGGGCGAACUUGAUUCCUGAGGACCAGCAAAGGGCUUUUGCCAGGGACACCUCAUUUUUUGUCGAAGUCAUCCCUGGUAAACUCGCUGUUUUGUCAAUUAAUACGCUCUACUUGUACAAGGCGAAUCCCCUAGUAGACAACUGCAACUCCAAAAAGCAGCCUGGAUACCAAUUGCUUCUAUGGCUUGGUUAUGUUUUAGAAGAGCUCAGGGAAAGAGGCAUGAAAGUCUGGCUAACUGGGCAUGUUCCGCCUCUACCAAAAAACUUUGACCAAAGCUGCUAUGACAAGUAUACACUCUGGACGAACGAGUACAGAGAUGUCAUAAUAGGUGGUUUGUACGGCCACAUGAAUAUGGACCACUUCGUUCCUGUUGACGGCAAGAAAUCCUGGAAAUCGGUAGAGGCGUCUACCAACACUGUCAAAAGGGCGCUAGAUGACGAAGAUUUCUCCUUCGAAUUCAAUGAAGACGACGGCGAAGUAUUAGAAAGUGCGAUUGAAGCCAGUGAUGUUAGACUUAUGGGAGCAAAGCCCGUGAACAAAAACGCGUAUAUGGAUUCGGUUCGCGAGGGUUUCUAUAAAAAGGUUGCAUCGAGGAUGGGGAAAGUUGGAGCUAACAAAAAGAAAGGCAAGAAGGACAAGAAGAAGAAGAAGAAGAAGAAGAAGCACCCUAAGGAUACGAGCGUAGAGCGCUACAGUAUUGUCAACAUCGCAGGUUCCGUGAUACCGACUUUCAACCCCGCUUUCAGGGUUUGGGAAUACAACACCACGGGCCUGGAAGAAGGCGUAACACAGGAAGCCCUCAACUCAUUCAAACCCUGGGAUGCGUUUUUCAGACAAUUAGAGUCUCAAAUUGAGUACGAUGUCUCGAACAAAGCUGAGGCUUCUGCGUGGGACGGUCUCUCAAGUAUUCUGCGGGGCUCGAAAAAGAAGAAGGUCGACAAAACAAUCCCCAAGCGGAUGCCUUCAAACCUGAAGCCCGGUCCAGGCUACGCUCCGCAGCUCUUCUCGCCAACUCGGUUCGUUCAGUACUACGCGGACCUGGAUGUUAUCGACAAAGAAUACAAAAAGGCGCUGAAGCUCGGCGCAUCCGAAGAGGAGGCCGCGGAAUCCGCAUUCAAAUAUCAAGUGGAGUAUUGUUCAGAUUCAGAACCUUACUCCAUGAAAUCGCUGCUAGCGCAGGACUACAUCGAUCUUGCAGUCAAGCUGGCUCACGACGACACAUUGUGGGAAAAGUACACAGAGCGGGCAUUUUGCUCAACAGGGUAUGACGGUUAA